AUGAAAUUUCUUGAGCUGAAUCAAGGGAACGACACAGUGGCAGUGUAUGCUGCCAAAUUUGAUGCUUUGGUUCGUUAUUGUACACACUACCAUGGUGAGGGUGGUGAAAGGGCUAAAUGCAUAAAAUUUGUAAAUGGUCUGCGUCCUGAGGUAAAGACUACAAUUAACUAUCAGGAGAUAUAUCACUUUCCCACUCUGGUCAAUAAGUGCAGCAUUUAUGAUCGUGACAACCGUGAUCGUGCUGCUUUCUAUAAAGGAGUUGGAGGUCCUAUCCGUGCUGUGAGUUCUAGUACUUCGGGAAGGAGUAAGCCUUACUCCGCUCCUACUAGAUUUCAAGGGAAUAAAGCUAUUGCUAAUAAAAGCAAGUCAUUUACUAGAGGAUCCACUAUUAGUGCUACUGGAAGUGUUGGAGGGUCGGUGUCCACUCCUUCAGUAAGAUGCUGGAAGUGUGGACUUGCUGGUCAUAAUCAGUCUGAGUGUCGUGACAAGGAAGUUACCUGCUUCAACUGCAAUGGUAAAGGUCACAUCAACACCCAAUGUCCUGAACCACGAAAAACACGUGUUAUUGGAUCGGGUUCACAAACUAAGCGUCCAAAAACUGUAGGGAGAGUAUUUGCUCUUAGUGGUGCUGAAGCUUCUCGGUCAGAAAAUAUGAUACAAGGUACUUGUUUCAUAGCUGAGAUUCCUUUUGUUGUACUAUUUGAUUCCGGUGCAACCCAUUCCUUUAUUUAUGUCUCUUGUGUCCAGAAAUUGAAUUUGCCUGUGUCUUUGUUAGAUUUUGAUUUAGUUGUUGAAACCCCUACUAAUGGUCCUGUGACUACAUCCCUAGUGUGUUUGAAAUGUCCUUUGACAGUUUCUGAUAAGCAGUUUCUAGUUGACUUAAUUUGUUUGCCUCUUAGUCAAUUAGAUGUAAUUCUUGGUAUGGAUUGGUUAUCUUCUCACCAUGUCCUUUUAAACUGCUUUGAGAAAUCUAUUUCCUUCGGUGAAUGUAAGGAGAGUACGGAAUUUCUUAGUGCUGCUGACAUUAAAACUUGUUUAAAAGACAAUGAAAAAGUGUACAUGAUCUUCGCUUCCUUAACACUUGAGACUGAUAGUAAGCUAGAUGAGAUUCCUUUAGUGAAAGAAUUUCCAGAAGUAUUUCCUAAGGAUGUGUCUAGUUUACCACCUGAGAGAGAGAUUGAGUUUAGCAUAGACUUAGUGCCAG